AGUGCUAUUUUUAUUUUAUUAUAUUUUUAUAAAAAAGUUAUUACAGUUAAAGUCGGUUAAAGUUAAGUUAAGCUUUUAGUUUAGGCUCACAACAGACAUAUCUGUACAGGCUAUGUACUUAGUACGUAGGUCAUAGAUGAUCAAUUAUGCACUCUAAAUCUAUACACUAGAAUAAUAGUAAUAGAUCUAGUAAUUUUUAAAUAAAUAUUAGUAGGCCUAUUAUAGUCCUACUAAUUAAGCAUCAGUUUAGUUGGUUGUUCACAAUGCUAUUCAACUAUCAAUUACCAUUAAAAAUUCAUAUUAUCACAUAGAAUAAAUAUCAGGUGAAAUGGGAUGUACCUUUUCAUCAGCUAUAAUAUAAUUCACAGUUUCCAUCACACUUUUCUGUUUUUUUCUUUUAACAAAAAUCUACGGGACAGGUCUUUUUUUAUUUUAUUUUUUUUUUUGCUGAUAUGCCAACAAUCACAUCACAAAAGAAAAAAAAUUAGCAAAAAUAACCCUUCCAUGAGUAGCUCAAGUAACUGUUAAAAAAAUAUUUUGUUAAUAAGAUUAAAAGACAUACAUUAAGGGUCAUUGCAAUAUGACAUCUGAUGGAUUUGAACCUGCACCUUCUGGCAUGACAGCCACUCCCCAUGACUGCUCGACUACACAUCUUCAUGCUCAGUUGGGUAUUUUUAACAUUAAAUCUAUCAAAAUGGCCACGACCGUGAAGAGCUUCAAUACAGCUAUUCACAGUCGACUGUUAAUAGACACUUCGAUUAUUUUAUGAUUAGAAAUGUAAGGCCUAUGGCGUAAGGUAGGACUAACUACUCAUAGUAACUAACGAGGGUUAGGGCUAAGGACAGCGUUAGCAUUGAUAUUAGCCAGUAAUCUAAGCCACAGUUUGUAACUUACUAGAUCAAGAAAAGAUCUAGCGGCUGUAACUAUAAACACAGCCGAUGCUCGCUAUCUCUCCUUUGUUACAGUUCCAAUAUUUUCAAUAGGCCCUACUUUUACAAAAUUUUAAUUUCUAUGAAUUUAUUAACACUGUAUUAUUAAACAUCUAGAUCUAUUCUUGAUCUGCACACAAAUCAUGAUGAAAUUAAAGGAAAACAAUUUAUUUAAAUGUUUCUUGCUUGAAAGACUAUCACUGAAAGUCAGUGAUAGUGAAAGAGUAGUGAUAGCUUACAACAUGAUUUCCUAUUUUGCCCAUUCACAUUGGUCUGCCACAGAAAGCUCCCUCCUUAACAUUGUAUUAAAAGCUAUAUACAUAAGUAAAUAAUAAGAUAAAAGUCUAGGAUUAGUGUUGAUUCAAUAUUUUUAUGUUAAUCUAGUCUAUUUACUAUUCAAAGUGUCUAUUUCCAGUCAACUGUUGAACUGGGAAUAGCAGUAAUAAGGCUAUUCACAGUAAUGACUGUUUUGUUUUAUAUAUGGAUGCCACGUGAUAUAGACCACCUGUUGUCCAAAUUGUAUUUUUUGCAAUUGUUAAUUUUUAAUUUUUUUUCUUUCUGUUUGUGACAUGAUUGCUUACAUAUUUGCAGAUAGAAAGCCCUGGUUGAUUAGUAUAGAUUUAGUUAGAGUCUAUAAUUGAUCACUGAGACUAAGACCUCCAUACUACGCAGCACAUAUGAACUAAAGGCUAAACUAAAAAUAUUUUUUUUUUUUUAUAAAACAAUAACACGUAAUUGAUACUUCAUUCCCCAGUCACAAUAAAUGCUUUUGUUAUCGUAAAAUAUUAGGCCUAUUCCCAGUCGUAUUUAGCAAAAAUGACAGCUGACUGUGAAUAGCAGUGGAUGCUAUUCCUAGUCUGCUGGAAAUAACCCAAAUAGUGCUAUUCUCAACCAGGUGAGAAUAACCUUGGCCUUUACUAUUUAGUCUCUAACUUGAAAAACAAAUGCUACAUGCAAUAGCUGAAUGCCUAGAAGAAUCAUGGGGAACUAAUGAGAAGCUAUGUAAUUUUUUUUGCUCAAUUGUUUGUGCACCUAAAAAGCCUUGUUAUAAUGUACAAAAAAGACAAACAGAUCACAUGACCGUUUGCCAUGCAAGUAUAUUUUUAGGAAUUACUAAUAUUUUUUUAGAUACUUGAAUAAUGUAUUAAAUGGAAAUACUUAUUUUAUAGCCACCAACAAUAGAUAAAAUACAUCAUUUUUAUAUCCUCUUACAUCUUGAGGUUAUAUUUUGCUUCUAUUUGUAGGCUUACAUAUUUUUAGAAUUUUUUAAUUGAAGUGUAUAUUUUAGAAUUAUUAAGAGAGGUUUGUUUAAUUUUAUAUAUUAUUAUUAUUUUUACUAUUUAUUUCGAGCACUGCAUGGUAGAAUGGCUAGUGUGAAGAAAUAUCAAGUAUGCGUUUUACACUUGAAACCUGUUUUGAGUUUUUUUGUUAUUAGUGCUAAUGACUUGAUUUAUAAAAAAGCAGUCAAGAAUGGAAGAGGAAACAGAGCAUUUAGCUGCAAUGUUAUCUAUUGUAGAUGAACAGUCACACAAAUUAACAGAAUUUUUAAACUCUGAAGAUUUGAAACCAGAUCUAUCAACAAUAUUUUCAUCUUCUCAAGAUAUAAAAACAGAAUUUACAACAUUUUCAUCUAUUGUUGAUGCAAAACCCAACAUGACAUUCACAGCUUCUCAAGAUGUUAAACCCUAUACUACAACAGAAUUUUUAAACUCUGAAGAUUUGAAACCAGAUCUAUCAACAAUAUUUUCACCUUCUCAAGAUAUAGAAACAGAAUUUACAACAUUUUCAUCUAUUGUUGAUGCAAAACCCAACAUGACAUUCACAGCUUCUCAAGAUGUUAAACCCUAUACUACAACAGAAUUUUUAAACUCUGAAGAUUUGAAACCAGAUCUAUCAACAAUAUUUUCACCUUCUCAAGAUAUAGAAACAGAAUUUACAACAUUUUCAUCUAUUGUUGAUGCAAAACCCAACAUGACAUUCACAGCUUCUCAAGAUGUUAAACCCUAUACUACAACAGAAUUUUUAAACUCUGAAGAUUUGAAACCAGAUCUAUCAACAAUAUUUUCAUCUUCUAAAGACAUAAAAACAGAAUUUACAACAUUUUCAUCUAUGGUUGAUGCAAAACCCAACAUGACAUUCACAGCUUCUCAAGAUGUUAAACCCUAUACUACAACAGAAUUUUCAUCUUCUAAAGACACAGAAACAGAAUUUUCAAGUUUUUCAUCUUUUGAUAAAUUUACACCCAACAAUUCAUUUAUAAGCUUGCAAGAUGUUAAACCUGAUGUUACAACUGAGUUUUUAAUUUGGAAAGAUAAAAAGCCUACUGUAUCAACAUUAUCAACAUCUGAAGAUAACAAAUCAGAAGUCACAACUUUAUCAAGUAGUAAAGAUUCAAAACCAGAUUUAUUGACAGGAUUUUUAUUUUUUGAGGAUAAACAACAAAAAGGGCUUGAACUUCAAGUUGAAGAAAAUCUCCAGUUUUCUAGAGACAAAAGAUAUCAGAUUGUUUCUAGUCAAAAAUACAAAUGGUUUUCUCAAAGUUCUAACUUAAAAAAACAUAAAACAGGUCAAGAAGGAAAUGAGCAAGUUGAAUAUGAUGGUGGCCAUGAGAAUCUUUCUCAAAGCUGUAAUUUCAGUAAAAAUAAAAAAGACCACUCAAGAGAUAAGCAAUACAUAUGUGAUAUUUGUAAUAAAAGGUUUUCUUAUCGAUGUAGAAUAUAUACACAUGUGAAAAUGCAUUUAGGAGAUAAGCCACAUAAAUGUGAUGUUUGUCAUAAAAGGUACAGUAACAUUUUUAGUUUAAGUAGACACAAAAGAAUUCAUUCAGGAGAAAAGCCAUAUGAAUGUGAUAUUAGUCAUAAAAAGUUUAGUCUGAAGAUAAAUUUAUCAAAUUACAAAAAUGUUCAUUCAGAAGAUAAGCCAUAUGAAUGUGAUGUUUGUCAUAAAAUUUUUUCUCAAAAUUCUAGUUUAAGAAUACAUAAAAAGAUUCAUUCAGGAGAAAGGCCACAUGAGUGUGAUGUUUGCCAUAAAAGGUUUUCUCAAAGUUCUAAUUUAUUAAGUCAUAAAAAGGUUCAUUCAGGAGAAAAGCCACAUAAAUGUGGGGUUUGCCUGAAACAGUUUGCAUCUAAUUAUAAUUUAAGUGCACAUAAAAAAGUUCAUUCAGGAGAUAAGCCACAUGAAUGUGAUGUUUGUCAUAAAAAGUUUAGUCAGAAGAUAAAUUUAUUACAUCACAAAAAUGUUCAUUCAGAAGAUAAGCCAAUUGAAUGUGAUGUUUGUCAUAAAAAGUUUUCUCAAAAAUAUAGUUUAAAAAAACAUAAAAAGGUUCAUUCAGGAGAAAGGCCACAUGAAUGUGAUGUUUGUCAGAAAAGGUUUUCUCAAAGUUCUAAUUUAAUAGCACAUAAAAAGGUUCAUUCAGGAGAUAAACCCUAUGAAUGUGAUGUUUGUCAUAAAAGGUUUUCUCAAAGUUCUAAUUUAAGAAAACACGAAAAGGUUCAUUCAGGAGAAAGGCCACAUGAAUGUGAUAUUUGUUAUAAAAGGUUUUCUCACAGUUUUAAUUUAUUAAGACAUAAAAAGAUUCAUUCAGGGGAAAGGCUACAAGAAUGUAAUGUUUGACAUCCAAGGUUUUAUCAAAUUUCUUGUUUAUCUUCACACACAAAAAAAUUCAUUAAUAGAGACCACAUAUGUGUUCUUACAGCAUAUAAGCCAUUUGUCUGUAUUAAAGAUUUUCUCAAAGUUCUUAUUUAAGUGCACUUGAAAAAGUCAUUCAAGAGACAAGCCACAUUAAUCUGGUAUUUGUCAUAAAAGAUUUUCCCAAAGUUCAUUUAGGAGAUAAGCCACAUGAAAGUGAUGUUUGUCAAAAAAAAAUUAUGUUGAAGGUAAAUUUAUCACAUCACUAAAAUGUUCAUUCAAGAGAUUAGCCAUAUGAAUGUGAUGUUUGUCAUAGAAAGUUUUCUCAAAGUUCUGAUUUAAGAAAUCAUAAAAAGUUUCAUUCAGGAGUAAUGCCCCAUUCAUAUAAUGUUUGGCAUAAAAGGUUUUCUCUAAUUCUAAUUUAAAAAGGCAUAAAUAGGAUCAUUCAGGAGAAAGUCCACUUUAAUCAUGAAUGUAAUGUUUGCUAUAAACAAUUUACUCACUAUUUUAGUUUAACUACCUAUGAAAAAGGUCAUACAGGAGAUGAGCUACUUGAAUGUGAUAUUUGACAUACAAGGUUUUCUAAAAUUUCUUGUUUAAUCUUCACAUAAACAUUUUUCUAAAGAGACAAGCCACACGAAUGUGAUGUUUGUCACAAAAGAUUUUGUCAAUUAUCUAAUUUAAAUACUCAUAAAUAAUUCAUUCUAGAGGUAAGCCAGGAAAUUCAUCAUUACUAAAAACCAAUUUAAUGUCAUUUUUAACAUAAAUAAUUAAUUCUAGAUCAAAUUAUUAUUGAAUAUCUUGUUAUAAUUUGUUUUCUUCACGUAACUUUAACUAGUAGUCAUCCAUAGUGUAUUAAUUUUAAUAUUUGUAUUAUAAAAAGGUUGUUUUGUCAAAGAGUAUACUAUAUCAAUUAUUAUACAUACUCUGAAAAGAAGUUGUAUUCUGACUGUAAAAGGAAAUAGCAUCCUAUUAUGUCAGCUGCAUGUGUACAACUUUUUUCUUUAUGUAACCUACUUUUUUGGUGUUAUUUUUGUUGAAAGUAAGUUAAGCUAUAGCUUUAGAAACCUAGGGUUUUCUUUUUAUAUCGGCAUGGUUUAGCUCAGGUCACACAGUUAAUUUGCCUGUUCUUUUCACAUUAUAUAAAAUUGACAAUUCACAUUCAUUGAGACAAGGAAGUGAACUAAUUAUGCUCAAACCAAUUACACAUAUUAUUAACAAUAACAGAAGCUAACUAAAAUAAAACACAAAGUUCAAUUCAUUUAUUUACAUUUACUAGAUGUUUACAAUAUAUGUAGGCCCUACUGUUACACAAUUCUCAUUCUUAACUUUACACAUUUACACUACUUACAAACAGCUCAGUCACACAUACAGCAACAUGACAGAAUAUCAGGUUGACAGGUAAAACAACCUGCAUUAGACAAGUACAAUGACAUCAGGCCAGCAGUCACAGUGGCAUCUGGCUAACAGGUACAGUGACAUCAAAACUUCUGAGCAGACAAUCUUUUUUUAUAAACACUUUUUCAUCUUUUGCUAAAUGUCCUUAAUCAUUAUAUUUAGAGGUAUAGAAUCUCAAAUCAUAUGAUCAAACUCUACUGUCUGCAGUGUAUAACUCACACAGACCAUAUGUAAAAUCUGGCUACCCAAAAUUUUUUUUUUCUAAUGUUUGUCCUUGAAAUGUAUUUAUUGUCAUCACUAAUCCAGAUAAUAUUGUAAAUUGAAUUGAGAUUGACAUUUAUAUGGUAAUUUAGUACUUGGGCAGAUCUGUACUAAAAAUAUUAAUAUUAAGCUACACAGUUUCUACAAUAGCAUCCCGUCGUAUCUGUACAAGUCAAAAUAACUAUAUAGGGCUAGAAGAAGCUCUUGAAGGGAUAAUGGCUGCUGUUGUGAAUAAAUGUACCAGGUACUAUUGACCAGUGUCUAUAAGAGAAAAAAAUGGUGGUGGGUUAUCUUUACUUAUCUACUGGAUAUGGCCAUUUGUAAUGCUUGGUUGCUGCAUGUUUUGAUUAACAUGACUGAUGAGCUGCCAUAAAUGGAUCAAUGAGAAUUUAAACGAUUAACUGCACAAAUGUAUUUACGAGAGAAAAGUACAAAAAGUCGUCCAACAUCAUCACUAGUUCCUACAGUGGAUAAAAAAAUGAUCGUCAUAAUCCGGAGUAAAUUGUCAACUAAUUGCAUUGUGUUAUUUCCCAUUGCCGGAUGCGCUGGCGAUGUGAAAAAUGAAAAAAAAAAAAAACUUUGUGAUGAGCUUUUGAUGACCUUGCUUUGGGCAAUUUUACUCCUAAUCUGCUCAGUGUACUCGGCUGUGUACACCCUUUACCUUUUUGAUUAUGUGAAUUUCUCUGUAUUUUUUGUAAUAAAUGUUCUAAUCUACCCAUAUAUAUUAUAAUAAAUAACUAUUAAAAGUAAUUUUUACAUGUAGCUUUCUUUUGGGCGUUAAUGGGUUGAUUUAUUUUUAAAAAUACGUAUCAUUUGUAUUCAUGCUUAAAUAAAGAAAAGGUAAAGCUCACAAUUAAACAUUGUUGGGUUAAAACCCGAGGCUGGAUAAGGACUGGGGUUAGGUUUACUUACUUACUUAAUCCUCAUCACUCCCUGUGGAGUAUAGGGCAACAACAAAUCUCCGCCAUUCCACCCUGUCCUGGGCGAGCCACUUUAGUUCAUGCCAGGUUUUGCCAGUAGCCUGUACUUCUUCUUCCAUCUCCCUCCUUCAUGUUCCCAGUGGUCUUCCUCUACUUCUCUUUCCGGGUGGGUUCCACUUCAGCGCCAUGUUGGGGAGUCUUUUUUUGCUCAUGCGUAGGACAUGGCCCAGCCAUCUCCAUCUCCUCGUUCUAAUUUCUGAGACAAGGGGUUAGGUUUAGGCCGAGUCUAUUGUACUGUUGUUUGGUUAGAACAUUAUAUGUUGUGUUUUUUUUCCCACAAUCAUGUAUUAAUAAUGUUCUCUUGGGAACAUUAUUAUUAGCGUUUCUUUAUAAAUGAUACCUACGUCGCCACUUCUAGUGUUGUGUUGUGAUGCUUUCCAUAUUUUCAUACCAAUUAAAUAGUGUGCAAAUAGGUGAUACUUUAGUUAUAUUCUGAAUCUAUCUUAGCGUUAGAAUCACAUUUGUUUUUAUAUCUUAAAAGACAUUUUCUUAAAUUGAUACUUUGAAAAACAUGUGUUUUUACCGAGUAAAUAUUUACUAAAGAUUCAAAAAUUAAAAUAUUUAGUACCACAAUUUAUUAAUAUUUCUUUUAAUUAACAUAUACAAAUUAUUAUAUUGUUAUAGGAAGUGGUAUAAUAUUUAUGAAAUAUCAACAAAAUAAAUAGAUGUUUCUAAGAUAAAAAAAUAGUGACAUGUUUUUCUUUUAUUAACUGUUUGUGAUAUAAUAAUAGGUACUUCCCUUUAGUAAUGUGAGCGGGUGAAUGGAUGAUUUAUUUUGUAUUAUUUUAUUGUGUGCGAAUCUGUGCGUGGAUGUUCUACCGGCUUUUAUGUUUAUAAGACACAAUUUACCAUUUUUUUGGUUUAAAGUACUGUUGAUUAUCAGUGUAUUUUAUAUUUAUUUCAGUAAAAUAUGUAUCCCUACCUC